AGUUUAUUUUACCCAAGAAUCGUGAACCGAUAGUGGAGCUUGGUUACAUUAAUUUACCCUAAUUUUUCAACCUUUUCAACUACCUGUGCAACAAAUAUUAAAAAUAAUUAAAAAAUAUUAAAACAUUCUCAGAGAAAUAUGGGGUGUAGAGAAGUUAUUGGCACAGUUUUAAGAAGCUUGUAACUUCAGUGACAAAAAUGUCAUUUUUGUAAUAAUUGCGUGCACAACUGCCACUGGAAAAAGUACUUUAGCGGUCGAACAGGUUGAAUAUGUACAGUAUAGGAUUUUUGUAAACACCAAAAUUAUGUCGUACACAGUCACCACUAUGAUGUACACUAAAAUGAUAGCAAAAUGUCCUCACAGAUGUGCACAUAUGUACGUGUGCAAGAGGGAGAAAAAAAAGGUUCUAGCAAUAAUGAGAAAUGCUUAUACUCCACAGAUAUGUAGUGAUACAUGUAUGGUGUGUAUAAUAUACAGAUCAUGUGUUUGCAGUUGGUACACUCCAGUGGCCCCAAGGGCUUCUGUAUAUCCCAAGGAUGAUGCACAUCUAUUAUUUAUAUCUCUGGCUGAGGUACAUGCACGUAUAGGUGUAAUUGUGAGCUAAUGAAUUUUAUUCAGGGGCUGCCAGUUGGGCAGUGAGUGUGUUCGGGCAUACAAGGUCACUGUGUACACUGGACGCCACCAGGAGAUGAGAUGGCAUGAGAUUGGGCAGCACCCCAGGCAGGCAGAGACGCUGACAUCCGAUAAAUCAGGUAGAGCUAAAGGUCAGGAGUCAUCAAGCGGGCUUCUGAGAGACGUUCAAGUUAUCAGCUCUGAUCGUGGAGCCAGGUGAGGCUUGUACGGUGUACCUGUCAUUGGACUCGUAGGAUGUCACAAUCCGCCGCCCGCACCACUGACAUUAACGGGACUAUAUGCGUGGAUCAAUUCAACAUCAGCUAACUGGCAGUGUGGAUGCCAAACAAAUGAGGGCUUACGUAAGGUCUAAUUAAGAACUAGCCCCUGUCAUUUACACACAUGCCAUUCAUGCACUCUUUUGAUACUCAACUGAGUUGUCCAACUGUGGGCCCAAGCUGCCAGAGAAAUACAACGGAGUGGAGCAGCCAGAGACAUGGAUAUUAGAUUGACAGUUUACAUAGUGAGAACAAUUAGAGUUAGUGCUGUGUUUGUGUUCUACCUGAACUAAGAGCUUCCAAAAGCCAGAGCUUGUACACAUCAGGACAAGUGAGGGGCAGUGAACAGACCAUCAGGGCCACUGUCAAGACGAAACAGUUUUACCAAUAUCUUGUCAGAGACAGAGAGAGGGAGAGAGCUGUAAGGGUGAACCUUCCAAUACAGGAUUGCUCCGAAUCCGGCAGGGAAACAGGAACGGCUGGGGAUUAGUGAUAGCUGCAUGAGGAACAGACAGCUUUAAUGCCCCCCUCCCCCCACGACACAGAUUAUGCUCAUUUCCUCAUAGCAAAGUGGACCACAACAGAUUCUCUUCCACUCUAGUAACUGUUGGUUUGCAUUACCUAGUGGAGGAUAAAGAGUCGCUGUGGUCAACGUGAAGGAAAACAUCACCAAAGCAGCCUAUAAUGCCAUUGCCCACAUUCUGAAGAGUCAGUCAGCUGGAGGUCUACCUUAUGAUAUAAAGCCUUGAUUCCCAGCUUGGCUAUCACUGUGUAAAAGGAACAGGAUUUCAUUGUAGCUUAACAAGGCUUGAUGUCUGUUGACAGUUUGAUACUUCCUUGGAUAUACUGUUAAACUGAGGGUGUGUGUGCCACUCAGUUACUCAUGGAACACCUCACCUUUAUGUGCAAUAAUUACCACAUCACAUCAGCAUUUAGUAAUUGACAAAAGUGACUGGUUUUGUGUACUAAUGCAGUCGUCCAGAAUGCCUGGUAUCUACACUGCCAGCGGAGUGCCAUCUCCUACCUCCCCCAAUCCUUCCGGUCCUGAUGCCAAGGAAAUGGGCUAUCGCCAUGUCCCCUCCCCGGUGAGACUUGCCUUCAGCAGGAUGUCCCUCCUUAAGCACCCCCCAGGCCAGGGAAACCUGAAGCGCUCACAGUCCUACUGUGAAAACCGAGCUCUCUCACAGAGAAUGCUUUUUAAGAGACGUACCUUUUCAGCAGGUCCCAUGGAAGAGGAGGGCAGCGAUGUAUCAGUUCUCUCCAACUCACAAACAUUUGAGGGACACAGAAGCAAAUCAGACGGAAAGCUGUCGUCACCCAUGCCAGAAAAAAGUCCCAUCGUCAAAUUAUCUAAACGAGAAUCGUUGAAGGUUCAGAAGAAGAACUAUCGUAGCCAAAAGAAACAGGCGGCUAAGGAGCUGUUAAGUACGUUAAAGGACCCGUCUGUAAUCGUGAUGGCUGAUUGGCUGAAGGUUAGAGGCACACUGAAGAGCUGGACUAAACUUUGGUGUGUCCUUAAACCAGGUUUACUUAUACUGUACAAAAGUCAGAAACAAAAGAGUAGCCAUUGGGUGGGUACCAUUCUGCUGAACACGUGUGAACUUAUCGAGAGGCCUUCCAAAAAAGAUGGGUUCUGUUUUAAACUGUUUCACCCCUUGGACCAGUCCAUUUGGGCCACAAAGGGACCCAAAGGAGAAACAAUAGGGGCAAUAACACAACCCUUGCCAUAUUCAUAUUUAAUAUUUCGGGCACCAUCUGAAUCUGCAGGCAAAUGUUGGAUGGAUGCCCUGGAGCUGGCUUUACGCUGCACCAGUUUGCUGAUGAGGUCGAUGACAAAGGAGAAGGACAACUCUCAUACCACGUCGGACGAGUCACUUCUCUCCCCUACCUUCCACACGUCGCAGAGAGAGCAAAUGAAUGAGAGUGAUUGCGAGAGACAUUUUGAGGAUGAUGAUUUAGAAGAUGAUGGAAAAACUGAUAAAGAUGAUAUAAAAACUGAAAGUGAAACCAGUCAGUCUGAGGAAGAGGAUGAUGACACAGUGUUUGUACAAGACGCUCCUCCUCUGGAGACACCGUACACAGAAAAUAAAGUGGAAGAGCUAGGGCAGCAAGGAGACGAGUGCCAAACAGAAGAAGUUAAUGAAGAAAAUAAAAGUCUUAUUUGGACUUUGGUCAAACAGGUUCGGCCCGGCAUGGACCUAUCGAAAGUGGUGCUACCUACAUUUAUACUGGAGCCUCGGUCGUUCCUGGACAAACUCUCUGACUACUAUUACCACUCAGAUCUCCUGUCAGAAGCAGUUCUUCAGGAGGACCCUUACACCAGGAUGAAAUGUGUUUGCAGAUGGUACCUGUCAGGCUUCUACAAAAAACCAAAGGGUCUGAAAAAGCCUUAUAACCCAAUCAUAGGUGAAACUUUCAGAUGUUAUUGGAAACAUCCUAAAACCAAGAGCCGCACUUUUUAUAUCGCUGAACAGAUCUCACAUCAUCCGCCUGUCUCUGCCUUCUAUGUGACAAACAGACAAGAUGGGUUUAAUAUCAGUGGAAGCAUAUUGGCCAAGUCCAAAUUUUAUGGCAAUUCAUUAUCAGCCAUUUUGGAUGGCACAGCAAAGUUAACAUUUUUAAAGAGAGGAGAGGACUAUUUUAUCACUAUGCCAUAUGCUCAUUGUAAAGGUAUUUUAAUUGGGACGCUAACGAUGGAGUUUGGGGGUAAAGUUUACAUCGACUGUCCCAAGACUGGUUAUAGGUGUGAGCUGGAGUUCAAAUUGAAGCCCUUCUUGGGGAGUGGUGGGGCAUCUAACAGAGUGGCAGGCAAGAUCAAGCUGGCCUCUGACACUCUGGCCACAAUAGAGGGACACUGGGACAUGGACAUUUACAUCAAAGAUAAGAACACAGGGACUGUGGAGCAGUUUUGGAACCCUACCCCUGAUAUCAAGGCUCAGCGACUGAAGAGGUAUACUGUGCCUCUGGAGGUGCAGGGGGAUAUGGAGUCAGAGAGGUUGUGGAAGCAAGUGUCUGAUGCUGUGAUAACCAGUAACAUGCACUCAGCCACUCAGGAGAAGUUCAUACUGGAGGAGAGACAGAGACAAGAGGCUAAGGAAAGGAAGGCACAGAUGCUGGAAUGGGUCCCUAAGCUGUUUGAGAGGGACCUGCUCACUGGGGACUGGAUUUACAGAUACGUGGACAUGCGACCAUGGGAUCCUAUCAAUGACGUGAUUCAGUAUGAAAAGGACUUCAUCAUCCAGACUCAGACGCAUCACCGCACACCAGUUGUCCGAACACGCAGCAUCACCAGUCUUGAGCAGAAGAAAGAAAGCCGUGUCUACCCCAAAUCUGCAGACCGCAUCAGACCAUCGCACAUACAGAAAAUACAGCGGGCGCCGUCAAAACAUUUGCCUAACAUCGGGGAUGAGAGCGAAAGCUCCGCAGCUGAAGCCGAACCUCGUCAUGACAGUGAUUCUUCUGGAUCAGCAGUCUUAAUGGCACUGACCAGCAAGCCAAAUGAGGAGAACUGCUUAGUCCAGGAAAACGUGCUGCAGAAGGCCCUGGAGCCCUUGAUUCAGGCCCAGCAGGACACAUUGACCAGCCUCAAAUCACUCCAGCAACAGGUUCACCAGAUGCAAUACCGCCAACAGAAACAGGAAAAUUCUGUCACCUUCCUCUCUCAACACCAGAGCUGGAUCAUACUGGCAGUCAUCCUCACAUUCCAAACUCUGCUGCAGUGGCUCUUCAAGUAGGCCUUAAGCAUGGGUCAGUUUUUGUGUAAUAUGCCAAGCAGGUGGAUCAUCAAAUCAUCAUCGAUCAGCUCGUGUGUAAUAGACCUGGGUGGAUUGGUCAGUUUGUGUGUAAUAGACUUGAUUGGAUUGGUCACAUCCUGUGUGUAUAGAAGUACAGCUCACAGGAUUGGUGAAUUCAUGUGUAAUAGACCUCACUGGAUUGGUUAAUUCGUAUGUAAUAGACCUCACUGGAUUGGUUUAUUUACGUGUGAUAAGCUUUGCUGGAUUGGUCAGUUCAUGUAUGAUACAUUGUGUUAGAUUGCUCUAUUCAAGCGUGCAAUGCAACUUGCUGG